AAAAAAAACCCCAGCCGAAGAAGAAAAACGCGCGCACGGAGAGAUCUCCAAGAGCAGAGCAGCAACCGCACAGAGAUGGUGAAAUUCCUCAAGCCCGGGAAGGCCGUGGUGGUGCUCCAGGGCCGCUACGCCGGCCGGAAGGCCGUCAUCGUCCGCAACUUCGACGACGGCACCAGGGACCGCCCCUACGCCCACUGCCUCGUCGCCGGCAUCAAGAAGUACCCCAGCAAGGUCGUCAGGAAGGACUCCGCCAAGAAGGCCGCCAAGAAGUCCCGGGUGAAGGCCUUCGUGAAGCUCGUCAACUACCGCCACCUGAUGCCCACCCGCUACACCCUCGACGUCGACCUCAAGGACGCCGUCGCCCCCGACUCCCUCCAGAGCAAGGACAAGAGGGUCACCGCCGCCAAGGAGGCCAAGAAGCGGCUCGAGGAGAGGUUCAAGACCGGCAAGAACAGGUGGUUCUUCACCAAGCUCAGGUUCUGAUUUUCGGGUCCGUUUGCGAAUUGGGUGUUCGUCGUGUUAGGGCAAGAUUGGAUUUUUUUUAUCCUUUUGUUGUCGAUACGUGGAUUGAGCGAACGAUGAAUGAGAGGCGAGCCUGGAUUGGGCUUGUAUUGGUUAAUUUGGAGCUUGAACACCUCAUUCAAUUUUGAAAUGUGUUACUACUGUUAAUGUUUCAGCGUUGGAUCUGUUUCGGGUUGGUUAUGUUUUUCUUUGCUUUGA